AUGCGUUUCACAGAGUUGUCCGCAGCGCUGCUGCUGGCGCCUUUUGUGGCUGCUCACAGUAGUGGUCAUACUCCAAAGAUAGUUGGAUCUGGAUCAAAGGACAUUGGCAGACUAAGGAGCAGGAACAUCCUCGACAGUCGGGCUCCUCGGGUCGCUGGUCCUGAGAAGGCUCUCAGCAAGCGUCAAGGCGGCGCUGAUGGUCGAUGUGGAGCUGACCAUGGUAACGCAAGCUGCGCUGAAGGAUACUGCUGCUCCACAGCAGGUUACUGCGGAAAAGGAUCGGACUACUGCGAAGCACCAGACUGCCGCUUCCAGUAUGGUCCUGCCUGUGAUGCCAACCAAGUUCCUACUGGAGGUAGCACCCGUGACACUCCUCGUACGAAGCUCGGCAACCAGCCAUAUGGUGGCGAAGGCAUCUAUGAUUGCGUCGUCCCAAACACUAUUGCCAUUACUUACGAUGACGGUCCAUAUAUCUACACCAGCGGUGUACUCGACCAGUUCGCAGCCUACGGUGCCAAAGCGACGUUCUUCGUCACUGGCAUCAACAUUAACAAAGGUGCAAUUGACGACAAGAGCACGCAGUGGCCAUCUAUCAUAUCUCGUAUGAUCGCUGAGGGACAUCAAGUUGCCAGCCAUACUUGGUCUCAUCAGGAUCUUAGUACCAUUACAAAGGAGCAGCGAUACGACCAGAUGGUCAGGAAUGAAAUGGCUCUCACAAAUAUCAUUGGCAAAUUCCCGACGUAUAUGCGUCCGCCGUACUCAUCUUGCACUGCUGCAUCAGGGUGCCAGAAGGAUCUUGCAGACUUGGGAUACGUUGUUUCCUACUUUGAUCUUGACACUGAUGACUAUAACAACGUAACACCUGAUCUGAUUCAGAAUUCCAAGAACAGAGUCAGUGCUGCGAUCAACCCGAGCAAGCCAGCCGAAGACAACUUCCAGGCUAUUGCACACGAUAUCCACCAGCAGACGGCACAGAAUCUCACAGGCUACAUGCUUGAUUUGAUGACACAAAAGGGAUACAAGCUGGUCACAUUGGGUGAAUGCUUGGGCGACCCAGAGGCAAACUGGUACCGCACUCCCACCAAUCGACCAGCCUCGUCGUCUGUGUUCACACCGCCUGCUUCUUCCACUGCCUCGGCAGCCGGCAGCGCCACAUCCAGCGGCGCUGUCGUCACUCCUACGGCUGUGACUCCUGACAGUUCCUGCGGCUCCAAGGUGGGCUACACAUGUCUCGGAUUUGCCCAAGGAGAGUGCUGUUCGCAGUAUGGCUUCUGUGGAAACACUGCGGAUCACUGUGGAACAGGCUGUGACCCCAAAUUUGGCAAAUGCUCAAUCGCUGGAUCUUCGGCGCCUGCCAGCCCCGCGUCUUCAACCGCCGGUGGGUCUACUCCGCCAGCAUCCAGCACUGGCUCCGCUCUUCCAACUGCCACCCCCUCCAACGGGGUGUCCCAAGAUGGUUCGUGUGGUGGUGCGAAAGGCUACACAUGUGCUGGCUACUUUGAGGGCGAAUGUUGCUCGCAGUAA